UCUCGUCAUCUCUUUUAUCGUCGUUUCCUUUAAAUCUUGUUCUUCAGUCGCCUAUAACGCCCGACGUCUGGGAAGCCCCGUCAUAUCAAGAGCUAGUAUCAUAAUUCCUCCCACUUUUUUUAUCGGCGCACUUUUCCUAGGCUUUUCUACGACGAAGUCCUCACGCUAUCUUACAACACAGAGGAAACGUGUCAUCAGCAUCUCGCGAGACAUUGAAUCCGACGCCGCGGAGCAGACAGUGGGCAUCCUUCAAGUGCCGGCAGUUGACAGGCUUUGCACAUGCAAAAUGUCCGCGCUAAGGCCGUUAGUGAGACAAGUGACAGACUCAGGUCAUAUCAUCUCACUGAUAUUCCUAAUCACAGCCACGACUUCUGGAACAUACGCUACUUCAGAUGUAGCCACACCCGGAAUAACAGUAGCCAUAGCGGCUGCUGUAACAACUGCAACAACAGCCCCUGCAGUGCAAAACAUAUCUAGCACAACCAUUCCGAAGACAACCCAAAGUUCUCUGGACGCAGUGACGUUCACUGAAAUAGAGGUGCCAUCCGCGCCACCACUCGGAGAUUACCGCUACGCCACGAACACAAGUCACCCUGCGUAUUCAAGGGUGUACAGCCCACAGAUACUGGGUUUUACCGCUGCUUGUGUCAUCUUAACUGGAAUCGUGGGAGGUAUCGGAAACCUGCUGGCCGCCUUGAGUCUCCUGAACAGCCGGCAGCUCCGCCAGAAUCCCUCCACAGCUUUCAUGGUUAACCUUCCGGCCUGCCUCCUGCCCGUGUGCGUCGUGGGGCUACCCAUGUUCGCCGUGGGCUGCAUCCAAAUCCAGUGGUAUGGGAGAGUCCUCAUGCCGGAUUGGGUGUGCAUCUUCGGCUUCGCUGUCGGCCUCACCUUCAGCCAGGUCCAUCUCCAUACCCUCUGCGCCAUCGCCUUCAACAGAUUGGUGGCAGUGGUUUGGCCGGCAAAGUACAAACGACUGAUGCAAGCAAAAGUCGUGAAAGUGUACCUGGCACUGUUGUGGACUUAUUCAGCCUUGCUUUGGCUGCCUCUCACCUUUGGGGGUCCCGGCAGACUGGUCUUUGUCCCCAAGGAGCUAAUGGUUUCCAUGAAGGACGACUCUCUUCGCAAGACUGGAAAAGCCUUCCACGUGUUUCUGACGUACCUUCUGCCCAUCAUGAUAACGAGCGUGUGCUACAUCGUCAUGUAUUUUAAGGUACGCCAGACCCGCAGACGGCGACCGGGCGCGCGCACGAAGGCCGGGGACGACGCCAGCCUCAGCGACGGAACGAACGUGAUGCGCCAGUGGGACGACCACGUGACCCGCACCAUCCUGGUCAUUUUCGUACUCCUGCUGGUGUGCAGCGUGCCCCACCUGGUGAUCCACGUGCUCCACCUCCACGCGAAGCACCCCCAAGCCUGGCUCCUCCUCCACGUCGUGUUCUGGCUGCAGUUCAGUCUCGAUCCGAUCAUCUACGUCCUCAUGAGCCAGCAUUACCGGUUGGCUUGUCUUGAGUUCUUGCAAAAGGUCUUUCCUGGGAUGAAAACUUUCCGCGUCACUACUGAAAGCGACAGGUACAACCCCAAGACAGAUAAUUCCAACCAAUUUCUGCAAGGAACGAAGUACGAGGUGAGACACUCGCAGAGGCCAGACUUCGGCGAGGAGUCCAAGAAUCCCAUGCUCAUUCCGAGUGAGUCGGUGUAGGCUUUUUAGUCUUUUUACCUCUGGAAAUGUAUAUACCCUUUUCCGUAGAGUACAAAAUGGUGGUGUUUGAAUCUAAAGAGACAAGUGUAUCUAAUUAGAUCAGGCAUUCUGUAUCUACAGGAAUUAGUUUUCUUCUGGUGUUGAUAUUAUUUGUUUCUACAAGUACAAAUACGUGUCGAUAUCACGCAAAUCGUUGGUGAUGUCAUAGAUUGAUUAUUAAGCGUACCUCUUUCAUAUAUGCAUAUAGUAUUGAUGUUCUUUUAGACUUUAACUAGCUAAUACUUCAACUAGUCUACUUGCAGUAAUAGUAGGGAUGAUUAUGAUAGGGCAUGUGAUGCUCUUUCUGUAGGUACUGCCUUUUCAUGUGCAGAUGACUCAUAUACACAGUGUGUGUGUAUAUACGAUUAACGAUAAUCAGUAUUAUGAUUGUGAUAUUAAUGACCUACAUGUGUUUCCAGAGACUUACAACACGACAUGAUCUAUGAAGUUACCUGACAUUGUUAUAAUUCGAGUUCUAAGCAUAUACUUAAUUGAAAGACUGAAUAGAGAGAGAACAUGGAUGUCGGGUAGUUUGCCUCUGGAAAGCCAUGUUGCGCUAAGCUAGUCAUUGAGGACAUGACUCCCACAGGGCAAAAUGAAUUCGUGUGUCCUCUUUAGUGUAACCCGAUUCUCAGAUAGUACAUAAAGACACACCUUUCUGUCAGGAAUGAUAAAUGUUAGAGUGACAGAGAACAGUAGUUCCCUCCACUGAAGGAUCGCAAACUCAUCAUCACUGUCUUAGUUUACUUGGGACAGCGCACAAGUGGAUUUAUACAUUCUGCUGGUACUGUGUGACGAAGCUUUGGCUGAGAUUGCUGCAACAUCUGAACAAUGGAAUGUUUAACUGGCCGUCAAGAAUUUACAAUUUACCAUCGUGGGCGGCGCUGAGGAAAGUUUGGGAACCGCUUUUAUCAAAUAACAAUGAACAUUUUUUGUAGCUCAGUAGAGUUUAAGUGCUUUUGUCAGUCAUAUCCCAGCUCACUGUCCUUAAGGAUGGUAUAAUAGAAUAUCAUUUAUAAUCAACUUAACUAUGUACAUAAUAUGUAGUGUCUGAUAUUAUGUAGUUUUAGGCUCGGUACUGUCCCUGUCAAGUAGCCACUUAGGGAUAUUUUGUGUUACUAGGCUCAGUUUUAUUAUUAUAUAAUAAAACAUCUUUCUGCCCAAUCCCCCACAACUGAUCCUUAUAAAAACAAAUUUAUGUAGAAGAUAAAGAUUAGUUGUUGAACUUGUACUUGAGUGAAGGGUGGUAUGAGAGUCAAGGAUAAGGCAAGAAAGAGCAUUAAGUUGAAAUUGCUCAUUUUUUAUGAUAUUUAUGAUUCGGUAUGAAACAUGAAUAAAUGUAUCAUUAUAAAA